UGAUAAUAAUAAGCUUUGAGGUGUAAGUCAGAUACUGAACAUCAUGCCCAGGCAAGCAAAGAGAGGUGGAAAAGGUGAAGGCGGUGGAGAAGAGACAGAGAAGAAGACCAAGAAGAAAGAGGAGAAACGCACUCUCCUGGAGGACAAGUUACAGACGGAGAAGAAAACCCCAUCAGUGAACCCCCUGAAGCUCAACCAGCUUCAUAGAGACAUCGACAUCAUCCAGCAGACGUUUGAGAGGGAGCUGGUCGACAGGGACAAUGUCAUCAAAGGUCUGAGGCAUGACCUCAAGGGGACUGAGCAUCAGUCGGCCCAAGUUCAGUGGGUUCACCUGCAGAAUGUCAAGCGUCUGGGGGAUCUGCAGGAAAAACGGCUGAUGCUUCUACAGCAGCUGUGGGAGGACAGACUGCAGUGCCAGAGCUCCAGUUUCAAAUCUGAGAGGAAGCAGAUGCUGGCACACUCUCGGCAGCAGAGAGCUGAUCUGGAAGAUGCAGAGCUCACCUUGGAGCAGCAAUAUGAACAAGUGAUGAAUGAAAUCCACAGACUGUACAGCGAAAGCAUAGCAUCGUACCAGAGCAAUCACGAAGACCGGAAGACUGCUCUGGUCCUGGAGGGUGUGAUGGUGAUGAAUACGAAGAUUCAACAGGAGCAGGACAUUCUGGAGCUCCACCACAAAGAAGAAAAAGAACUUGACAACCUGGUCCUGAAAACCCAGCAAUACAUUCGGACGACUGACAAAUCCAUGAGGAGGGUCAAAAAGUUGCAGGACUCCAUGGUUCAGCUUAGGAUAAAGCUGAAGUCCACUAAGUCCGAAACGGAGUCGAUGGAACGAAAUCUGCCAGCUGCCAGGAACGAGGCGAAGAAAAUUACUCACAAGCUUCGCGAUCAGCUGACCGAGAGUCAAAUGGUGGCGAGGAAACAGCUCACUGUCCUCACUGUGCAGAGCAGCGACGCCAUCAAGAAACUUCAGGCGGUCAUUGCCAAGGGUAAGAGGGUUUCACGUGUUGCUGAAUUGUGUCUGAAGCAUGAGAGCAAGCAGCAGAACGUCUUGUCAGUGUCAUCAGAUGCAGAUGGUCAAAGAGAAGUGAUGGAGGAAGAAGAAGCUAAGGAGUCGUGUAAAUUUGCAGAGUUGUGGCAUGUGAUGCGGCACAGCAAUGCCACUCUGCUGCACAGAGAGGCUCUGAAGAUACAGAAUAAGGACCUGAGAAAAGAAAACCAGCAGCUGAGGCUUCUGCUGCAUCCGCACAUGAGCCCCAUGAUGGGCAGUGACCACACCCUCAGAGGACUCCAUACUCUGCUCACAGUGCCAAAAGCCCCAAUCUCAAUGGCCCCAUCCGACACCCACAGACGCCAGAGUGAGAUCGGGGCUGUUCACGUCGUCAAACAGACAUUUUAA